AUGAGGAAAGACAACUACACUCUCAUCACUGGAUUUAUUUUGCAAGGCUUCUCCAGCUUCCACGAGCACCAGAUUACUCUUUUUGUGGGAUUCCUUACUCUGUACAUCUUAACCCUGGCAGGUAAUAUCAUCAUCGUGACCAUCAUCCAUAUUGAUCACCACCUUCACACGCCCAUGUACUUCUUCCUGAGCACGCUGUCCACUUCAGAGACCGUUUAUACUUUGGUCAUUCUCCCAAGGAUGCUCUGCAGCCUCGUGGGUCUGAGCCAGUCCAUCUCAUUGGCAGGCUGUGCCACACAGAUGUUCUUCUUUGUAACCUUUGGCAUCACUAACUGCUUUCUGCUCACAGCCAUGGGUUAUGACCGCUAUGUGGCUAUCUGCAACCCCCUGAGAUACACACUUAUUAUGAACAAGAGGGUGUGUGCCCAGCUAGUGUGGGGAGCCUGCAGCAUUGGGUUAGCUGUAGCAAUGACACAAGUGACAUCUGUGUUCAGGUUACCUUUCUGUGCGACAAAGGUGGCCCACUUCUUCUGUGACAUCCGACCCGUGAUGAAGCUCUCCUGCAUUGACACCACUGUCAACGAGAUCCUGACCUUGAUCAUCAGUGUUCUGGUGCUCGUUGUACCUAUGGGCCUGGUUUUCAUCUCUUACGUUCUUAUCAUCUCCACCAUCCUCAAGAUUGCUUCAGCAGAGGGUCGGAAGAAGACCUUCGCCACCUGUGCCUCCCACCUCACAGUGGUCAUCAUCCACUACGGCUGUGCCUCCAUUGCCUACCUCAAGCCCAAGUCAGAGAACACCAGGGAUCAGGACCAGCUGAUCUCAGUGACCUACACUGUCAUCACCCCCCUACUGAACCCUGUGGUGUACAGCCUGCGGAACAAAGAGGUUAAGGAUGCUCUGUGCAGGGCUAUUGGCAGGAAAAUUACCUGA